AUGUCAGACAAAACCAUCUUAGGAUCCAAAAAAGUUCUCGUAUCUGGAGGCACCGGGUUUGUGGGCUCAGCCACGGUGCGCGCUCUGGCCGACAAACAUCCCAGCUGCGCCAUCACCAUCAUCGACCGCAGCCCGCCUCGGCCCCAACAUGUCGUGCCCGAGAAGACCGAAUUCAUGAAAGUCGAUAUUACCUCGCCGAGUGAAGUCAGCAAGGCACUCCAAAUGAUCAGGCCAGACGCUGUCAUCCACACUGCAGGGAUUGUCCCAGCUCUCGCCGACCGGUUUGGCCGGCGGGUGGAGCGGGAGGUAUGGAAGAUCAAUGUGCAGGGCACUGGGAAUAUGCUUGAUGCAGCCGCCAAAAGUGGCGUCGAGGCUUUCAUCUACACCAGCACCUGCUGUGUGACGACCGAUGAUAUGAGAUUGCCCUAUCCCAAUAUUGAUGAGGAGUGGCCGACGUCGCAGACCUCUCUCAUCUAUGGCGAGUCUAAGGUCGCUGCUGCAGAGGCUCUUGUCCUGAAGGCGUCUAGUAGUCAUAUGGCGACCUGCUCCCUCCGACCUUCCGUGCUCUUCGGACCCGGGGACUAUCAGCUAGUGCCAUCCAUUCAUGCAUGCAUUGCCAAGUAUGAGACUCCAUUCAUCAUUGGAGAUGGCCUGAACCUGUGGGAUGUCACACAUGUGAGCAACAUCGCCGAUGCUCAUGUCCUCGCCGUGGAGAACUUGGUGACGUCGCGCACAGCAGCGGGCGAGGCAUUUUUCAUCCAGAACAACGAACCGAUCACAUUUCGGGAUUUCUGCCUUGUUAUCUGGGCCCAUUUCGGCCAUGUUCCGCCCUUUGAGGUUCAUAUCCCGGAAGGGCUGGCGUAUGUGGCAGGAUUGGUUUGUGAGAUGGCCACCUGGGUGACAGGGAGGACCACCACCCUGAGCCGUGGAAGUGUCCGAGAUGCAUGCGCCGUGCGAUAUGCGAGCGGAGAUAAGGCCAAUGCAAUUUUGGGGUACGAGGCUCGGAUUGGCAUCGAAGAAGGCAUGCGGUUGAGCUGCGAGGUAAGGAGUCACUCGAAAAGGAUCUAUACCCACCUCCCCCUGAUCUGUCUGAUGUCAAUGGCUGGGGUCAGCGGCUGA